UGGGUCGCCAUGGAGAUCAGAUAUGGUUGCUAAUAUGCUGGCCGACAAACCCGCGAUCUCUGCUCAGAUCAUACCAAACGCAACACCUUUCCGAAGCCAAACCAUGUCUAACCUUAUUUAAUAACCAUAUACACGUUAAUCUGAACAUCGGCUCAUUAUCACCCUUGAUAUGGCUAAGCGUUCAGCGUUUCUACUUCCUGAGAAAUAAGCGCCAGAAAGCGCCAGCAUUCGUCGCGUCCUAAUGACGAAGACAACAACAACAGUUGAUAAUUAGAGCGAGCAAACUUUUUACUAGACAUUUCUAGGAUGACAACCAACACAAGUGUCAGUUUGAUGGUCAUGUAUCAAGACGAGUCGGUGUAUAUCAGAUAUCAUGACGGAUCGACGCUGAACGUGUCCCCCUGCGGCUCUGAGUUCAUGAUGGUGAAAGCCCCCGACCCCUCCGCGCAUCCUAUGCAUGCGACCGAACAAGUUCGACAGAGGACACGAUUCGCCAUCAGCGCCUACAAAGAACUAAUACAAGGUGCAUUGGUGUUCAGGAAUAAAUACGCUUCACGGCCAUAUCUUCCAAAUGAACUUAUUCCAGCUGUUGAUAGAAAGCCUUUCUUUAGUGUCAACUCGGAGGCGGAUUGGCCCCUAAUCUCCUGUGACGCGGAGCAUGGCCCUGGCGGGGACACCAAGGUCAGGUCCCUGGAGGGGAGGGCCACCCUCACCUUGUCCGCUUCAGGAGAGGACUUCUCGGUUGAGUUUCUAUGCAGCAUCAGUCAGCCCGAUCCGGGGCGCAACGCACACAGCACGGUCCCCGCCACCGGUCCGACGUCGCAACAACGGGGGCUGACGCCGAAGAGCGAACCGUCAUUUCGCACAGACCAGAGGGUUGGUCUCCAAAACAUCAGCGGUCACGUUGACAAACCAAAGGACAUGACGAGAAUGAAGUUGAGCCGACCGAGGUCGUGUUCUCCUCAGGGUAACAGCAGCAGCCCUUCUCUGCCCAAGUCAGAGGACAUGUACCUGUGUACCACGCUGGUGGUCCAGCAUCACUCCUGCUCCUGUGUUGCCCCCAUGUGGCGGUACCCUCUCUCUGUCGCUCGCCACCACUGGGCCACGCGCCGCGGGGCGACUCCCGGACAUCACGGGGCGGGCGAGGAGAACGUCCUGACGGAAGCGUCGGACGAAGGGCACAGGCGGUGUCCCGUCCCCGAGGCGCUGCCCCUCCGAUGUCCCUCGCCUCACCAGCACAGGUGGAAGGUGAAGUUCCCCCUGGCCCAGGUUGAUGAAUAUCAGGAGCAAGACUUCCCUGGGGAGCUGACCACGGUCAUGUGGUGUCAAGGAGUGAUGUACAGAUUACUUAGCGGUUCUAUAUCAGUCAUCGAGGUUUCCCCCGGAGAUGGAUCAGUCAUCCGAUCUAACAACGUCCUCAGCAGCUAUUUCACUCACUAUAAGGGCGAUUCUCAGUCAGGGCAGGUCAAAGAGAUCACCUACCUCGUCAACAGUCUACCCCCUGAUGUACCUGGGCAGGUGUACUCCAUAAGGUCCAUUGUGAGUCGUGCAAGCAGAAUCCUCACUUGUUACAACCAGGCCAGAGUUUCCUUGUUGCUGCCUGUCAUGCCGAGCUGUUUGGACCCGGAGAGAAAUCAUUUUGAGUGGGAGACGUUUGAGGAUAACCUGCCAAGUUCAGUGUCACUUGACCCUCACUUUGACCUCCCGCAAAUGGAGCAUAACAGGUCCGACAUCGUGUCUGCUGAACUGGAGAAGAUCAAACGCUUCAACUUUCUGUUGGAACACAGCAAGGUGCCGGGGGUUUGGGGGGAAGGCUCUGCAGUCCCGCGUUGUGGAUCUGGAACCACCCAGACAGCCAGUGAACCCGUGGAUGAGACCUAUAUCGCAGAGGCCCUCCAGAGAACAUCUAAAGCCAUACAGGACAUUGAUGCCGUUAUAUCAGCUGCAACACUGAAUUAAAACCCAAUGCCUUCUAAGAAUGGGGAGUAAAUGUUCCUAGUUUUGUAUCCGACAGGGUAAUUCAAAAAUUUGGUGAUGAACUUGUGUUAAGUAAUUAUGCAUUCAUCAAUAAAAAUUAAGCUUUUUUCUAA